AUGGUGGAGGUAGUGGUGACUAGUUAUGAUGGUUGUGGUGACAAUGGGUGGUUAGCGAUAAUGAUGGUGAUUAAUCGUUAUGAUGGUAUGAUUAUGAUGACAAAGAUAAUUAGUGAUGACGACCGAAAAAUGUCUUCAUGUGCUUCAUCUUCAAAGGGUAAGAGAAAGUUGAAUGAGGUGAAAAAGCUAAGUGUACUUAUUGUGGCUGAUGAUGACAUAUCUCAAAAUUCAUAUAUAUUAUGUCUUCAAAAUUUUGGAGUGGAGACAUUAGGAGUAAGAAAUGGAUUUAUGGCAUUCAAUAUUCAUGAUAAAACACAAAUGCGUUUUGAUUUAAUCCUAAUGAGCUCAACUAUGCCUAUUAUGGAUGGUAUCGAGGCAACAAAAAAGCUUCGAUCGAUGGGGAUUACUACGAUGAUUGUGGGAAUAACAACUCCAGAUGACAAUGAAGAAUAUCGCAAAGAAUUUAUGGAUGUUGGACUUGAUGAAUGCUAUGAGAAGCCAUUAACAAAGGAAAUACUUCAGAGUCUUGUUGAGAAAAUUUCCAACAAAAUUUAA